AUGGACGUCGACCAAGUCGGCCUCUCAGAUCCGCCAUCCGCCCCGAGUCCGUCCUUGAAGCGACAGCAAGAAAACGCGACGGACGUGGACUCGGCCUCAAAACGCACAAAGAUCAUUGCCGGGGAGCCUGAAGGAGUUCAGGAUGCAGCGGAAGAGCGCGAAUGCGCGCCCGAACCGUCCGGGGCUGCAGUGGUGGUGGAGGCAACUGGUGCUGCACCCUUGGGAACGAACGAGGAGGGAGACCGGGCAGGUGGGGGGAAGAAGAAGAGGAACCGGAAUAUAUCACGGAAAGACUUCAAGGAGUCGCGUCGGGGGAAGCGUCGGGGGACUCGCGAUGAAGCUGAGGGACAGCCAUCGAGCGGGGAGGCCAAAGCACCGCGGCUGCCCAAACGACCUGCGGCUCUCCUGCUUGGGUUCUGUGGGGACGGUUUCAAUGGCAUGCAAAUCCAGGGGACGGGAGACGCAGCCUCUGGAGUGCGAACUAUUGAAGGAGUGCUCUUCAAUGCACUGAUCAAGGUUGGGGCGGUCUCGCAGGACAAUUCGGAUAACCCGUCAAAGGUUGCUCUGGGGCGCGCAGCACGCACAGACGCGGGUGUACAUGCGGCGGGCAACGUCGUGUCCAUGAAGCUCAUCACCGAGAUUCCAGGAGUCCCAAACCUGGUCGAGAAGAUCAACGAGGAGCUACCGCCAGAAAUUCGGCUAUGGAACAUCAUUCGUGUUCAGUCUUCAUUUAAUGCACGAACAUUCUGCGAUAGCCGGAAAUAUACCUAUUUCUUCCCCUCCUACCUUAUGAUCCCACCCAAACCAAAAAGCGGACUCCACAAGAGCCUCAUAGAGCAAAACUCAGAUUACUCAACCCACUCAUUUUGGGAGAGCGCGCCCUCUGACUCGACACCAAGAGACGACCUUGCACGAAAGCGUGCCUAUCGCGUCACACCAGAGCAAAUUGCCGUGCUGAGGGAGACAGCAAAGAAGUUUGAGGGAUCCCACAACUUCCACAACUUCACUGUCCAACGCGACUUCAAGGACAGGAGCUGUCAGAGGAACAUGAAGUCCAUUGAAAUUCUCGACCCUGCCGUGUACGGCGACACUGAAUGGAUCGCAGUCAUGCUGCACGGACAGAGCUUCAUGCUCCACCAGCGUAAAAUGAUCGCUGUCCUCACCCUCGCUUGCAGAACUGGGACUCCCUCUCAAAUCAUUGAAGAGAUGUACGGCCCCCGGCAGGUCUCGGUACCAAAGAUGCCCGCGCUCGGUCUUUUGCUCGAGUAUCCCAUCUUUGAUACCUACGCCCGAAAGAUAGCGGAGACCGUCAACGCCAAGGCGAAGCCGACGGAUCCCGAAUAUCGCCUCCCGAUUGACCUGGAAGCGCAUCGCGAGCGGCUUGACGGCUUCAAAGAGGAGUUCAUCUACCCCCGGAUGCGCUCAAUCGAGGACCAGUUCGGCAUCUUCGACGACUGGGUCCGGUGUAUCGACGCUUACGCCGGACGCGACUUCGACUGGCUGAACCCCAAGGGCGUCAUCCCCUCCACCGCGGUCAUCAAGUCGACUGAACGUCGACUCAAUCCUUACCGAGGGAAGAAGCGCUUCGACCUCACUCUGUUCCCCAAAGACGGCCAGCUGCCGCUGGAGAAGGACGAGGCUGACGAUGACGAGGGAAAGGUGUCGCUGAAUAAGGAGGAGCUGGCCGACAUGGAGGGCUGA